AAAAAAAAAUGUCUGAACCAACUGAAACACCAGUCGCUGCCUCUACCGAAGAAACUAAAAAGCUUACACCUGAGGAAAAGAAGGCUCUCAAGGAACAAGCCAAGAGGGAACAAGAUGAAAAGAAGAGACAAAGACAAUUGAAGAGAGAAGAACAACAAAAGGCUGCUCUCAAGGCUCAAGUUGUCGAACUUACCGAAGAAGAAUUUUUGCAACAAUCUAAAAACUUUGGUCACGUUCCAAUUAUUAGAUCUACUUUCAAGACUGAAAUUACUUUUGAUAGAAUUAGAGAUUUGGAUGCUUCAAAGGAAGGAAGUGUCGUUACCGUUAGAUCUAGAAUUCACAACGUUACCGGUAAGGGUAAAGCUUGCUUCAUCACUUUGAGAGAAGGAUGUUUCUCUGUUCAAGCUACUCUCUUUGCCGAAAACGAAGAGGAAGCUGCUAUGGCUAAAUAUGCUCAAAAACUCAGCAAGGAAUCUGUUAUUCAACUCGUCGGUACUAUUGUUAAAGUUGAACAAAAGGUUGAAAAGGCUACUCAACAAGAUGUUGAAAUCAAGAUUAAAAAGAUCUAUUGUAUUUCAUCGGCUGCUGGUUUGCCAAUUCAAAUUGAAGACUGUAUGAGAGUUGAAACCAAGGAAGAACAAAUGAAGGCUAACAUGGCUGAAUUGGAAGAAGAAAAGGAAGGUGAUGAAAAUGCACCAAAGGCUGUUGGUCAAAAGCAUCGUUUGGAUAACCGUGUUAUUGAUAUGAGAGCUCCUGCACAAUUGGCUAUUUUCAAGAUUCAAUCUGCUAUGGGUAGAUACUUUAGAGAAUUCCUCUACACUUUGGACUUUACUGAAAUUCACACUCCAAAGUUGAUCGCUACUGCCUCCGAAGGUGGUGCUGACGUUUUCAAGGUCGGAUACUUCAACGGAGCUGCUUAUUUGGCUCAAUCACCACAAUUGUACAAGCAAAUGGCUAUCAUUGGUGAUUUGGAAAGAGUUUUCGAAAUUGGUCCAGUUUUCAGAGCUGAAAAGAGUUUCACCCAUCGUCACUUGACUGAAUUCGUUGGUUUGGAUCUUGAAAUGGCUAUCAAGUCUCACUACACUGAAGCUUUGGAAGUUAUUGACAAGAUGUUCAUUUACAUUUUCAAUCGUCUUGAAACUGAAUUUGCUAAGGAAUUGGAAAUUAUCAGAGCUCAAUAUCCAUUCGAAUCUAUCACUUAUAACCAAAAAACUAACCUCAGAAUGCCAUAUUCCGAAGCUAUUGCUUUGCUUAACGAAAAGCACAAUUUAGGACUUGCUAGCGAUGAAGAUAUUAACUCAUCCCAAGAAAGAAUGUUGGGUGAAAUUAUCAAGGAAAAGUAUAACACUGACUUCUUCAUGGUUGAUAAAUUCCCAAUGAAAUUGCGUCCAUUCUACACAAUGCCAUGUCCAGAAGACCCAACUUUGUCCAACUCUUACGAUAUUUAUUUGCGUGGUGAAGAAAUCUCAUCAGGUGCUCAACGUAUCCACGAUCCAGAACUUUUGCAAAAGGUUGCUAAUGAAAAGGGUGUCGAUUUGACUCCAAUUCAACCUUAUGUUGAUGCUUUCAAAUACGGAGCUUGGCCACACGCUGGUUGCGGUAUUGGUUUGGAAAGAAUUGUCAUGUUGUAUCUUGGUUUGGGUAACGUUAGAAAGACAUCAAUGUUCCCAAGAGAUCCAAACAGAGUUACUCCUUAAAUUUUUUUUCCAUUUAUUAAAAUUUCAAAAAAUUAUUUAUUC